AUGUCUCACAAAUACAUUUUUGUUUUGAGUGUCCUUUUGUCCUCCGCGUUGUCGUACGACGGGUCAAAGGAUGCCAAAAUUUUGGACUACCAACUGGAACACACCCCCUCAGGACACUACUUCUUCCGCUUCGAAAGUAGCGAUGGGACAGUUCGGGAAGAAGAAGGUAACGUUUUGGACGAAAACGUCGAAAAUUCCCCUGUUAUAGUCAAAGGGUCGUAUUCCUACACUGACGAAACCGGAAAAGUCUACACUGUUAGAUACAUAGCCGACGAGAAUGGUUUCCACCCUGAAGGCGACCAUAUCAAAGUUCCACCCUAUAUAGUCAACCCCAAUCCUGUUAACGUGGUUCUACAAUCAACCCCUAGACCUGCUGCCCCCAUUCAAUUUAUCCAACCAACCUCUAGACCUCAGUACAUCGCUUCAGAACCAACAAGGUUCCAAGUUGGGUCUUUUUCAACUACCACCAGACCCGAAGUGUCUACGACCCCUACGAGAAUUCACAUCCCUGUGGAAUCUACAGUGAGUACCAACGUGGCAACUUCAAAACCCAUUGCUUUCAAUGAACUGGACAAAAAAUUGCAGAGCUCCAUUGUUAGUCUACUCUCGAAUGGGGACGGAAGAGGGUUUAACAUUGGAGCGGUGAACUCAAUUUGAUUGUUAAUUGUUAUUUUCGUUGUUAAAAAUGUUGAAGAGAUUUUAAUAAACAAUUAAACCACUA